GCCGCCGUGCCCAUGGCCGCCGAUGUGUUCAUGCGGCCGGCGCCGCUGCUGGGCGCGGCGGGGCCGCUGUCGCCCCGCACAGAGCCCGACGAGGACUCGUCCGACACGGACGACGGCGGGGCCGGUUCUCCGGGCGGGGGGCGGCGGGGCGGGGCGCGGCGGGGGCAGCCCCCGGACCCGCAGAUCAUCCACUCGGGGCACUUCAUGGUGUCGUCGCCGCACAGCGAGCACCCGCCCAAGAAAGGCUACGACUUCGACACGGUGAACGAGCAGACCUGCCAGACCUACCGCUUCGGGGCGGCGCGGGGCGGCGGCGGCGCCGGGGGCCGCCUCAGCAUCGACGCCUCGCUCACCAAGCUCUUCGAGUGCAUGUCCCUGGCCUACAGUGGAAAGCUGGUUUCACCAAAAUGGAAAAAUUUUAAAGGCUUGAAACUUCAGUGGAGAGAUAAAAUCCGUCUCAAUAACGCCAUCUGGAGGGCAUGGUACAUGCAGUACCUGGAGAAGCGCAAGAAUCCAGUGUGCCAUUUUGUGACUCCGCUCGACGGCUCUGUUGAUGUCGAUGAACAUCGUCGUCCAGAGGCCAUUGCAACAGAGGGAAAAUACUGGAAACGAAGAAUUGAAAUUGUCAUCAGGGAAUACCACAAGUGGAGAACAUACUUCAAGAAAAGGUUACAGAAACAUAAAGAUGAAGAUCUUUCAAGUUUGGUCAGGGAUGAUGAUGUGGUUCUCUGGCAAAAAAGAAGGUAUGGCAGAGAAACUCCUGUCCCUAUGGAGGAAGGCAGCCUCCUGGAUGCAGAUAUGCUUAUGUCUGAGUUCACCGACACACUGUUCUCCACACUGUCUUCACAUCAGCUGGUUUCCUGGCCAAAUUUCAGGGACAUAGCACACUUGGGAAAUGCUGACAUGAUUCAACCAGGGCUUAUACCUCUCCAGCCAAAUUUUGAUUUUAUGGAUACUUUUGAGCCUUUUCAGGAUUUAUUUACGCCCAGUCGUUCCAGUAAUUAUUUCCCUUCUGUGUCUGCUGUCAGCUCAGCUACGACAGACAGCAGCAGCAGCCAUCCUCCCCAGUCUCCUGUCCUGCCAUCAGAUUCACUGCCCAACGCACUUCCAGCAGGGAACAUCAGCGAUGGACUGAUUGCUUCCUCAGUACCUGCUCCUGUCAUUCCCGAUGACACUGACCAGUGUUCCAACAUCAGAAGCGAGGGAUCUUUCAUCCAGCCAGCGGACUUCACUCCUGACUCAUCUCUCAGCAGUCCGCAAACUUUUAUGCCCGUGUUUCAGACACCCUUGCCACUGCUUCAACCUGCAACACAACAGCACCAGUCCUCGUUGCCUGCGGUGCCUCUGAAUUCUAGCUUAAGCUCUCCACCAGCGGCGUUUGCUGCACCAGAAACCCAGAAGUUUGGCCUCUGUGAAUCUACAGUUAUCACUCACACAGCUUCUGCUACGUUGACCCAAAAUGCCCCUGCCACCACCUUCAGCCAAAGCCAGAACCUUGUCCUGGCAACGCAGCAGCCAGGUGCAGGAGUGCCUUGUAACUUGGCUUUCCAGACUACUGUCCUUCAGGGGCAGCCCCGGCCCCAGCUGCAGUCCCAGAUGACAUUUGCACUCCCCAAAGCUGUUCCUCUGGCCAGUGCUGGGACAAGGCCCAAACAGUCACAAAAAACAGUGCCUGCUUCGAAGCCUGAAACAGUGUCCUUAUUGUUAAAGAAUGCCUUCAUCACUCCAGCUGCCUUUCAGGGACAGUCCAGAGCUGUGAUUGUAACUCCAGCACCUUUAAAAAGAGAAGGGAUUUUGACGCCAGCCACGUCUCAGUCUAAUGUUGCAAUUGCACCAGCUGGAAUUGUCAGAGCUCCCGGGGUGACGGAGUUCCAUAGUAACAUUCUGGUUGGUCCAGCACAGCGAGCAUCAAGUAGUCAACAAACCCAGUCCACAGUCUCACAUCUCUUCUCUCCUAGUGUAGUCCAGGAUGUGUUGGUGAAAGGAGAGCAAAUCCCUUCCCACAGUAGCUGUUCACAAGUUCCCUCACCUACACCUAGCAGAGACUGUCAGAAUUCAGGCCAAGCUUCCCCCUGCACCUCUGAGCAGAGCCCCAGUCCACAGUCUCCCCAGAACAGCUGCUCAGGAAAACCUGCCACUGACCUUAAUAUGGCUGCAUGUAAGAAUCGACGGAUGAAGCAUAUAUCAGAACAAAAACGAAGGUUUAAUAUCAAGAUUGGUUUCAGUACACUGAACAGCUUGGUUUCAGCCAAUUCCAAGUCGAUCAGCCAUGCAAUCACGCUCCAGAAAACAGUAGAAUAUAUCGCUAAACUACAGCAGGAAAGAACACAGAUGCAAGAGGAAACCAGGCGCCUUCGGGAAGAAAUCGAGGAGCUAAACGCUGCCAUCAUUUCUUGUCAACAGCAGCUCCCUGCUACUGGGGUUCCUGUAACACGGCAAAGAUGUGACCACAUGAGGAAGAUGUUCGAUGAGUAUGUGAGAAGCAGGACGCUGCAGAACUGGAAAUUUUGGAUUUUCAGCAUUAUUAUUAAGCCAUUGUUUGAGUCCUUCAAUGGGAUGGUUUCCACAACAAGCUUUAAGGAUCUGAAUCAAACUGCAAUGGCCUGGUUCGAUCAGCACUGUUCUCUUCCUGUUCUGAGGCCAAUGGUGCUGAACACACUCCGGCAUCUAAGUAUAACCACCUCAAUUCUGUCAGAUCCAUCGUGUCUGCCAGAGCAAGCCACUGAGGCAGUUAACAAGAUGAACAAAGCAGCUGACGAAACAUAAUAACCAAAGACAAUGAGUUGCUUACACAAGGGGUGGAGAACCUGCCAGCCCAGCAGCCUGGCGAGUCUCCUUUCAGUUGGUGCACUUUAGAAAGAAUUCUCUCCAUCACCCGAGACAUUGUUCAGGGCACCUGGCUCUGCCUUCAGAAUAUGUGGAAGUAUGAUGCAACGUUAUAACGUUUUGAUUCCUCUUCAGUGCUGUGCUGUACUCCGUUAAGUGAGAAAACACCAAGCUCAGGUAAAUCUAGCAGGUUUGAGUCCUGCGGGCAGCAAUAUAUCUCCAUCAAUGCAGCGUGCAUCUAUAUGCAACAAACAUAUUUCUAUGAAACAGCUUCAAGUACUAAGUUCUCUGAAGUGUAAAUCUUGUACACCAAGGAAUAUUCUCUUAAAGGGGAAAUAUACUUUUGUUUUCAUGAAACAAAAUGUACUUUUAAUUUUGUUUUCUGGUAUUCAGUCCUAUUUGUUAUACUUGAACAGUGAAAAUUGUUAAACAGGAUCAUAUUAAAAACCAAAGGAGAAGAAAAUCUAUCAAUGAUGUCAACUCAUGGCAAAAACACUCGAAUUAAAAUCUCAGGCUGUGUUUUGUGUAUUUUUAUUUUAAUGAGUGUAUCAUUGCAUAUGAUCAGUUUCAAGACAUGCUUUAUUUUCUAGCAAAUAAAGUAACUUUUUUGUUAUUUUUUCUGA